AUGGCUCGCCAGAAGAACAAGAAGCGUGUACGGGCAAAGGACCGAGUAGCUUCUUCUGAAACUUGGUCAGCGGACGCUCAACAAGGGCCAACCAGGGAAUUGACACAACCAUCGCCAACAACCACCACCGUCCCCCCACACCAUCGAAACAGCCGACCGAGGAUGGAAGACAUAACCCACCUCGACGCCUAUCUCGAAUACAUGCAGAUUUCACAUCCAAAUGGGUCAUUGAUGACGUCUACUACUUCCAAAGCCAUCAAAAACCGUCAUUUACGACACAAUGAGAUUCGACAGCUGAUUCGAGCAGUGGACAAUAAACUAACUGGUGCCACAACCGAUCAAAACGCGCCUUGGUCGCCGUCCCGUGUUGCAAUCCCCCCCACGUAUGCUACUGCCGAAUCGACCUCCACCACGGUCACUCACGCCGCAGACUGGGCUGGCGUUGUUGACCCCUCUGUCUACGGCACUAUCGGAUGUAAAGUCCAGUACAGACCCCCAAAAAAGAAGCCACCAGUGGCAGUCAGGCCGCUGGACAUGGAUGGCGUUGCCUUAUCGACCAUUGCCUAUUCGUCUGCUAUGCUCCCAUACUUCAGAGGGAUAGGGGUGGGAGAUUUCUGGACCCUCACAUUCGUCUACGGCCGCUUUGAGCGAAGCUGGAGGGUCGUGCUGUAG